UUCUAACUGAUCGGCCUCAAAAGCAGCUAACAAAACUGUCAGUGCUGGUGUUGUGAAUUGCAGCUGCUCAACUGACUCCGUCUGAGGUGUUACUUAGCAGUGGCCAAGUGCUGUGCGAAGGAUACGGAGUUCGCUCCACGUGGAAGUUGAACAUGGAUGAUCUCCACCGACAGAAUUAUCAAAAUGCGCAACGGGGCGCGCCGACGAGAGACCCGUACACUCACGUCGGACUCGGUGAUGCAUAUAGCGAGGUUCCGAAAGAAAAGAACCAUCGAUGGAAGACUAUCGCGCGCUCGAUGACCCCUUCCGCAUCGAAGGUGCAACAGUCAACGAUACGAUUGUUUCCCGUGAUAACGUGGCUUUCCUCGUACCGCGUGAAGGACUACCUCCUUCCCGAUAUUGUCACCGGAUUCACCGUUGCCAUGUUCCAAGUUCCUCAAAGUUUGGGAUACACGCUCCUCGCGGCGGUGCCCCCAGUUUUCGCUCUGUACAAUGCCAUGUUCCCCAUGAUGAUCUACAUCCUCUUCGGAACCGUACGACAGGCAUCGGUCGGUGCCGAUGCUAUAGUUUCCAUGAUGACCGGAGGAGUUGUUCGCCAAAUCGUCGGCGACAUGUCUCACACCUCCCAUCCCGUACACGACGUCGUUGACGCAGCUAACGGCAACGGCUUCUCCGUUCAAGAAGUCACCUCGACUCUGUGCGUGACCGUCGGAAUUAUUCAACUCGUCUUCAGCUUGUUGAAUUUGGGGAGCCUCAACGUUUUCCUCUCUGAGCAAAUGGUGAACGGAUUUGCUACCGGGGUCGCUGUGCAAGUUGCCCUAUCCCAGAUGGGGUCGAUAUUCGGCCUGACGAUCCCUCAUUUCUCAGGAAUGUUCACUGUGUACAAGACAUGUGUGGCAUUCUGGGCACAUAUCGCAGAAACACAUUACCCGACACUCAUCGUUUCAACGAUAGCGAUUUCACUCAUACUAUUCGUGAAAAUCGUUCCCGAUCCCAUCGCCGUACGCAAAUGCGGUUUGCCGCUGCCAGUCGAGUUGGUCACGGUGGUUCUGUUCACGGCGGUCUCGUAUUUCAUGCAGUUCGAGAAAAGCUACGGAAUUCAAGUUGUCGGGGAGAUUCCAGAAAAGCUGCCGGUUCCACGAGCUCCGACCUUCAACCCGGCUCUUCUUGAAUUGAUUUGGGUCGACGCCUUCGCGAUGGCGGUCGUGUCCUUUGCUAUUACUCUUUCGCUUGGUAGAAUUUUCGGACAGAGACACGGCUACGAGGUCGACGCCAAUCAGGAAUUCCUCGCUCUGGGCUUGUCUCAUAUGUGGUCAUCGUUCUUCUCGUGUUUCCCUAUCGCUGCUUCGGUGCCCAGGAGUGCAGUUCAGGAGAACGCAGGCGGAAAAACGCAAAUCGUUUCAGUCGUGAACAUCUUAAUUAUUUUGUUCAUGGUGCUCUUCCUGGGGCAUUACCUCGAACAGUUACCGGUCUGCGUCCUCGCCGCUAUCAUCGUCACAUCUCUGAAGAAAAUCGUGAUGCAGGUUCAAGACUUCAAGCGGUACUGGGAUUUAUCCAGAAUCGAUGGGCAAGUUUGGUUGGUUUCAUUUGUCGCGACCAUCGCCCUCGAUGUCGUGUCGGGUCUGAUCGUCGGAGUUGUCUUCUCCCUUAUGACACUUGUGUACAAGGUUCAACAUCCGAAAACCUGCUUGAUGGGUCAAGUUCCCGGAACAGAGUUCUUCGUGCCCGCGAAACGUUACAAAAGGGUUACCGAAGUUCCCGGGGUGAAGAUCUUCCACUUCGGCGGACCAUUGCAUUUCGCGAACGCCGAGUUCUUUAGGGAGAAGCUCUAUGAAACUCUUGGAUUCACAGUGAAGCAGCUCCGACGAGCGAUCAAGAAAGCAAUCAAGAACGAUUCUCAAGACAGCCUGCAAGCUGCCAAGGAGACUCAGGUGUACGAGAGAUGCGUGACAACCCUGGAAGUUAGCAAAAAUAAUGUGGUGCCGGUCCCGACGGAUAUCGUUUUCGACCUAUCCCGAGUCUCGUGGAUGGACGGGAGCUCCUCAAACAUGUUGAAAAGUAUCACGAGGGACCUGACUUCUGUGGGAAUCCACGUCUCCAUAGCUGCCUGUACACCCAAUCUCUUCCGCUUCUUGAAAAAAUGUGGAGUGGUCGAGGACCUUUCUCCGUCGAACUUCUAUCCCACCGUAUACGACGCGGUCCGUGCUGUCCGCAUUACUCCGGGUAUCACGCAGCCGCAGAUCAUCUCCGUUGUGGCUUCCCUCUGAGCCGGACGGGAUCACACAGACUCUGAGUUGAUACGAGGAGUGCUCCCUUGGAGCGCGUUCAAAGCUGUACAGUCCAUUUCAUGGAUAACAUUG